GUUAUACACGACGUUUUGGUCCAGCUUAUUGCACGUUUACACCACUCAGAGUCAAUUAGUCUCACUUCCGCUACUCCUCCUAGUCAGCAGAAUCAUCAUCAUCAUCCACAUGACGCCUUCGACGACGGCUCCUGCUGCGGCAUCGCAUUCCUCUAAGAACGGCACAACGUCGUCCUCCAAGACUCCUUUGCAAACCGACGUUUUGGAAGAACGCUUGAUAGACGCCGAGUACAAGAUUUGGAAAAAGAACACGCCCUUUCUCUACGAUUUCGUCAUGACGCACAGUCUCGAAUGGCCAUCCUUGACGACGCAGUGGCUUCCCAAGACGCACACGGCGGGUCCCAACGCCACGGAACAUUCCUUACUCAUCGGUACGCACACCACCGGCGAACAGAACUAUCUCAUGAUGGCGACCUGUGCUUUACCCAAGGAACAACCCGUGGUACCCGCCGAUAAUACAACCGUCAAACAACCCGCACCGCGUUACGACGAAGAAAAGAACGAAAUCGGUGGCUUUGGCCUCGCCCAUUCCGCUGUAGGAAAAAUUGACAUCAAAGUCAAAAUACAGCAUCUGGGAGAAGUCAACCGGGCUCGUUACAUGCCACAGAACCAUUUCAUUGUCGCUUCCCGCGGUCCCAAUCCCGAAGUUUACAUCUUUGACCUUUCCAAACACCCCUCCGUGCCGUCUCCGCAAUCCACCUUUUGCCCACAGGCUGUCUGUGUCGGACACGCCAGUGAGGGCUACGGCAUGGUUUGGUCCCCCCAUCAAGCCGGUCUCCUCGCAACCGCCAGUGACGAUCAAACCGUCAAGGUGUGGGACGUGAACACUGUACUCCAAUCUCCACCAAGUACCGGGACGGACAGCGGUGGAAUCCAAGUCGCCGCCCAUGCCACACUAUCGGCGCAUCAAGCGACCGUCGAAGACGUCGAUUGGCACGCACACGAUCCCAACAUGCUGGCAUCCGUCGGUGACGAUCAACUCCUCGCCAUUUGGGAUUUGCGGGAACCUUCGAAACCGCUACGCUCCAAACCCAACGCCCAUGAUCGGGACGUUAACAGUGUCGCCUUUUGUCCGCAUGACGAGUAUCGACUCGCGACCGGUAGUGCUGACCACGACAUUGCCAUUUGGGAUUUGCGCAAUCUCGAUACUCGUCUCCACACGCUAAAAUCGCACACGGACGAAGUUUACAACCUUUCUUGGGCCCCGCACGCCGAAGGCGUACUCGCUUCAUGCUCGGCCGACCGACGCGUGGGUGUCUGGGACUUGUCCCGCAUCGGUAUGGAGCAAAGCGUAGAAGACGCCGAAGACGGUCCGCCGGAACUGCUCUUUCUGCACGGAGGGCACACCAGUAAGGUUUCCGACUUUAGUUGGAACGUCAAAGAUCCCUGGACCAUUGCCAGUGUCGCCGAAGACAAUAUCUUGCAGGUCUGGAAAAUGGCCGAGGAAAUAUAUGUUUUGGAAAAUGAAGAAGAACUUCCAGACGAAUCGGACGAGGAAGACUUGGAAUAG